AUGAUAUUACCUGUAAUAGCUAUUGCUGUUAUUCCUAGAGAUACUUUAUCAUUUAUUUUAAAAGCCAUGAUUAUAUUUAUAUAUAUAGGAGGCAUCGCAUUAUUAUACUUACAUCAAAAACAAACUUUAGAAUUAUAAAAAAUAUUAUUAAUAGGUCCAUCUGGUGUUGGAAAAACAUAAACAUACAACUAUUUAAAAUGCAAAACUAUAAUGAACUUUGAUAAAUUUCAAUUGGGAAAAAUAGGAGAUCUUUGCAUAGUUGACACACCAACUAUGGAUUUAGAAUCUAGCAUAGCUAAAAGAGAGGAUACUAUUUCAUAAUUUUAAAAAUUCUUUAUUAAUUUUAAGAAUUCAAUUAGUGCAAUUAUAAUUGUUGUUAAUUUUGAAAGAACUGAUAUUAUGAAACGAAAAUUAAUUGAAACCAUCAAAUAUUUAAAAAAAUUUUAGGAUAUGAUUUACAUACUAAUAACUGAUUUUCACUUAAGUGAAGAUCACGAUAAUGAUAAAUCAAAAUUAUUAUAAUCCCUAUAAUUUUUACAUCCCUAAGGAAUUAUAUUUUUGAAUAAAGAAGAAAAUGAACAGAUGAUUAUAGAGGAAUUGAAUGCAAUUGUACGAAAAUCCACUCAUAAAGAGUUUGAUAUUAAUGAUACAAUAUUUGCAAUUAUAAAUGAAAAAAUGAAUGCUUCAUUUAUAGAUUAAAUUAAUUUAAUCAUUAAAUCUCCAAAGUAAUAUUAUAUUAAUUUUAGGUAGUCCUCUGCAUGA